AUGUUGUAGGCAUAGUUGCCAGCGUCCCCCUAAGCGGGGCCAAUAUCACAGCCCCGGCCGGAGGCUAUAAAAGGCCUCCGGCAGCUCUGUAGGAGAGGAGGCGACAGCGCAACAUACCAUGUAGUUGGCUUCUACAUUUAGUCUUGGAGGAGAAAGGGAACCAUCUUCCCCCAAGCUAACAUGGAGGUUCCACCUACUUGUCUUUUCUAAGAGACAAGGAAGAACUCGGCCGCUACUAUUCCAUCCUAACUAGGCAAUAUUCCCAAUUCGCACUAUCCAGCACUUUCCGAUUCGAGUCGACUCUAUUUUUUCUUCACAUCAUCCUCCUCGACACAGCGCCUACGGCUCCGCUGUUGCCGUACGACUCCAGAAUCGAAGACACCCAUCAACGCCCACCAGCCUCGGGAAAAACAAAAUCUGGUACGCUUUUUGAAAGAAGUUAACGUUAACUAGGAGGCCACACAAGCCAUUGCUUAGGAGGCGGUCCAGGUUAGACGCCAGGAAACGGUCUUUCCUAAAGGACUCAGCAUUUGAAUUUUGGCUCAUUUUUUAUGUGUGGUUGACACAGAGUGAAGUAGCUACCACUCUGUGAUCGCAAAAGAUAGUUCUUGGCGCGGAAUUCUCUUCAGCGUUAGAAAAUAUCGCUCAGUUCCGCAAAUUCUUCGUGCAAAGCUGGUACCGCACGGCCAAGAGGCCUGAAUCUCUCCCUUCCAAGCCUUAUCGCGCCCUAAAAAGCCAUGAGCAGCUUGAGAGCCAGUGCCAAACAGGCGUCGCCCCUCCGCAGAAGACCGCAUGA